AUGGUAGAUCCAAGGAGAAACCAGGUUAUAAUCCAAGGAGAAGAACUAGGCGCCCCACAAUCUGUUGUUCGACGCAGGCCAAACCAGGUUAUAAUCCAAGGAGAAGAACCAACGAUAGAUCAGGUUCGACCACAAAGGCAAACCCAUGACGAAAGAGUCAUGGGGGAAAGAUUGGAACAACAUCCAAUUCGACGGGAAGUCCCUGAAGAACAACCUAGGAGAGUGAUAAUGGUUAAUAGAGACCAGGAUGCAGACGAAGUAAUUCAUAGGGUCAGGCGCGAAAACAGGAUGGAAAAUGACUUAACCAGUAUGAUAGAGAGAAUCAUGGCCCAGAAUGGUCUGAAUACAGGACUUCGACGGCCAAAUUAUUCUUCUCCUUUAUCAAAAUAUGUCCUACAAACAGAAUUACCAAGGGGUUGUAAAAUCCCUAAGUUCACCAAAUUCUCAAGGGAUACUAGUGAAUCCACUAUAGAGCACAUAGCCAGAUACAUGACUAAGGCAAGGGAUUUGGCGAACAGUGAGAACCAAAGGAUGAAAUAUUUCCCUAGUUCUUUAACAAAGAACGCCUUCACGUGGUUUACAACUUUGCCACCAAAUUCCAUAGAUGUUUGGCCCUAG